AGAAGCAUAAACAAAGUGACGGUUGAAACUUCACCUUCUUUUUCAAAAGAGAUGCAUUCUUUCUACACUCUUCUUCCCUCUUUCUCUCUCUUUCUCAAUACACUUGUAAGGAAUACUUAACUGAUCUCCCCAUCCCUCUUCAUCUCCCAUUCUUGAUUUCACUUGAAAAUGAAACCACCACUAAAAUAACACCACAUCUUCUCCCUAAUAAAAAUAAAGCCAUCCUGCAAUGGAGAUGAAGCUCUUGACCUUGUCCUUCAUCCUAACCUCUCUCCUCUUGUUGUCUCUCAUCUACAUCCCCACAAAUACAACACAGCCCAUCGCCAUCCUGAAACCAGCAACCACUUUCAUCCACCCGAAAAUGAACCCCUACAAGGCCACCUUCGCCUACCUGAUCUCGGCCUCCUCGGGCGACACCAUGAAGCUGAAGCGGCUCAUGCUCGCCCUCUACCACCCGGCCAACCACUACCUGAUCCACCUAGAAGCCUCCGCCCCGGCCGAGGACCACCGAGAGAUCGCCCGGUUCGUCUCCAGCAAUGCCGUAUUUGCCCAAGUUGGGAAUGUAUGGAUCGUCAACAAGCCCAAUUUGGUAACAUACAGGGGCCCCACCAUGCUCGCUACAACUCUCCACGCUAUGGCUAUGCUCCUCAGGACUGCCAAUUGGGAUUGGUUUAUCAAUCUCAGCGCCUCUGAUUACCCUUUGCUCACUCAAGAUGAUCUGAUUCACGCUUUCUCAGACUUGCCUAAAGAUCUCAACUUUGUUCAACACACAAGCCACUUGGGUUGGAAACUGAAUAAAAGAGGGAAACCGAUUAUAAUAGACCCGGGUUUGUACAGUGCAAAUAAAUCUGAGAUCUGGUGGGCAAUUAAACAAAGAAGUCUGCCGACUGCUUUCAAACUUUACACUGGGUCAGCAUGGACAAUCCUAUCAAGAUCCUUCUCAGAAUACUGCAUAGCAGGUUGGGACAAUCUCCCACGAAGCCUUCUCCUAUACUACACAAACUUCGUGUCCUCUCCGGAGGGCUACUUCCAGACAUUGCUGUGCAACUCCGAGGAAUUCAGGAACACCACCGUCAACCACGACCUUCACUACAUUUCAUGGGAUAUUCCUCCGAAGCAGCACCCGAGGUCCCUUGGUCUUAAAGAUUACAGGAAAAUGAUCCUCAGCAACAGACCCUUUGCUCGCAAGUUUAAGAAGAACGAUCCCGUUCUCAACAAGAUUGACCGCCACCUUCUCAAGAGGGCCAGCCGCCAGUUCUCCCUCGGCGCCUGGUGUCUUCAAGACGGAACCAAGUGCUCCAUGCUGCACGGGGAGAACUAUGGCGUUUUAAGCCCGGGAUCUGGUUCCAGGAGGUUCAAGAUUCUACUUGACAAGUUGCUUUCGCCUCAGAAUUUUCCUAGAAAACAAUGUAGAUGAUUUUGUUUUUAUUUUUUUUGAAAUUGCAAUUCUUAUUUGGUUUGAUAUACACAAAGCAGGGAUGAUGGUGUGGUAUAGUUAACUACAUUCAAUAAAGAGGAAUUAAACGAA